AUGAAGUUGAUAAAAGAGGUUAGACCAUCUAACAACUCGGAUGAAGCCCAUAUUACAUUGAUACCUCAAGAAAAGGAGGAUCUUUUCACCAUUCACCAAUUAGUAGGCAAAGGUGAUGAACUUAUCUUCAAGAGAAAGGUUACGUCUUCUGUGAAAGAGGAUGCGAAUAAGAAGAAGCAGCAAGAGUUGAAAAGAUUGAGGAUUGUCGUGGAAUCCGAAGAAUUUGAUAUGAAAGAGGAAUCAUUAAGAUAUAAGGGGAAAACAGUCCGUGAUAACGAUGUCCCGGAUAAAGACGAUUAUCCUGUUGGUGUAUUUUUCUCUACUAAUAUUGAUUACACUUAUCCCAUCACCAUCAUAAAAUAUGAUUUCAAUGCUUAUCACAAAAAACUGUUAAAAGAAGCCACUCAACCAGCAAGCAGGGCGGACACUGCUGCGGUUGUCUUACAAGAGGGACUUGCGCACGUUUGUGUGUUAACAGCUUCUUCGACUAUUUUGAAACAGAAAGUUGAGUAUACUCUACCGAAGAAAAAGAGAGCAACUGACGUUGCAAAGUUUGAUGAAAAAACCCAAAAGUUCUACAAGGCAAUUUAUGAAUCGAUUAAGAGAAAUUUUGAUUUUGAGAAACUAAAAAUGAUAAUACUGUGUUCACCAGGUUUUUAUGCAAAGACGCUGUAUGAUAAAAUUAUUCAAUAUGCCCAAGAAGAACAGAACAAAGUUCUAAUAAAUAACAAAGGCAAAUUUUUGGUGGCACACUCUUCAACUGGGUACAUACAGGGGAUCACGGAAGUCCUCAAGAAUCCAAGCUAUGCUUCAAAACUACAGGACACCAAAUUUUCUCAGGAGGUGCUAAUCAUUGACCAGUUCCUUCAACAUUUAAAUGAUGAUGAUUUUAAGGCUUGGUAUGGUGAGGCAGAAGUAACCAAGGCAGUUGAUUUAGGGGCUGUCAACACGUUGUUGAUUACGGAUACUUUGAUGCGUUCUGAUGAUAUUGAUCAGAGAAAAAAAUCCUUAGAUUUGGCCCAGCAAGUGGAAAGAUUAGGUGGGAAAGUUGCAGUUUUUAGUGCGCUGCAUAAUUCGGGUGAAGAGCUUAAUAGACUAACUGGUAUAGCUUGUAUUUUGAACUAUCCUAUUCCUGAUCUAGACGAAGAUUUGGAGGAGGAUGAAGAGGAGGAUGACUAG